CGUCGCCCUCUCGCUCCCCGGUGCCGGCCCCUCCGGAGGCCAGAGGAGCGGGAAAAAACGAAGCGGACCUCAGUCAGUAGCGAAAGAUCGAGCGGACCGCGUGGAGACUCGACCUGCCGGCUUUUCUCUCGAGAGCGCGCGGCUCGCUUGCUGGCUCGCUUCGCCCAGGGCCAGGCCAAGACCGACAUGCUGCUGCUUCCACCGCCGGUAUGAGUGCCUGUCACGCCGCUUUCUCGGCCCUGUUGCUGCUCGUCGCGGCGGUCGCCUGUGGCCGGUCGUCGUCCUCGGCCACGCCGCCGGACAACAACGAGGACGCGCCUCUGGUGCGUACCUGCGAGGAAGUGCAGAUGCGGUGCGCACAGCGCAAGGGAUGCGGCUCGGCGUUGCACGCCUACCUGUACCAGUGCAACGAAGUGAUCCAGGCGGGUGCCUCGCAGUGUCCCGUGCCCUGUCAGCGCGCGCUGGCCGCUCUCACGUCGACGGACGAAGGUCGCGGCCUGUCCGACUGCGAGUGCGGCGAGAACGACGUGUGCCGCAAGAGCAAGCUGCGCGUCGAGGUGUGUCGCGAAGCCGUGGAGAAACUGACCGCUCCGGGAGCGCGGAUCCCGUGCAGCGUAGCUUUCUGGAUGUGCGAGGCCGAGCCCCAGUGCGGCACGGCGCUCGCCUACUACUACCGCUACUGCCGCGGCGCGUUCCACGGCAAGCGGUGCACGCCGCGUUGCAACAAUAGCCUGGCCAUCCUCAACAGGCAGCCGCGAUCGGACACGCUACGUUCGUGCUACUGCGACGGCUCCGAGGAUUUUCCCUGUCAAAAGAUCCGCGACAGGACAGACCAGUUGUGUUACGGCAGGCAGGAACCGUCGACGACACCCAAGCCCGGUUCUGCGGGAACCGCUGUGCAUCCGACCGGGUGGCCCCAGCUGACACUCGCUGUCACGCUGCUGCUUCUCGUAUCUUUUGCUACGCGGUGUGGCCUGUGCAGUGUCUCUGACGUGACGUGACCGCCCGCGGAGAGGACCGCGUGGAAGGCAGCCGGAAGAAGCGGCGACGGCGCGAUACAGACAUCGCACGGCUCUCCCUCGCGCAAACACGGUGUUCACGCAACAGCAGAACUCUUCCCCGGCUGAAAGCGUGCCAAGACAAACUGCAAAGGCGCAGCUUGAACAAGGAAGCAGCGUCUUCUGGACUUUUUGUCGGAGUGCGUUAUGUUUGGACUCGCGUGUGAGUGGGAGUGUGUGUGUGUGUGUGUGGUCGACUGCGUGUGGGGAGGAAAUGCGUGAGUCGUCCUCUGAACGUGUGAAAGUCGCGACGGGGGCGGCAGUGUGCUGUGUACAGUGUUCCCCGGUGAGAUUGGAAAAUAUCAUUCCUAUGCGGGAAAAGUAGGAGGGAAAUCGAAAUGAAAGAUGGUGUAUACACCGGCCGCGUAGUUCUCUCAGUCGCUGGGAAGUGGGAAUGUAAAAAAAUUUUGCGUUAGCUCCAAAGCUCUGGACCGCUGAAUCGGGCGUCAGUGCUUCUGUAUAGCGUAGGAGCGCUGGAAGUGGCGCGACGGUUGAGUGAAUGGAUAGCGUUGGCUCGUUACGACUAAUACUUUCAUGAUGGACCUUGAAUUUCUAGCGUCUCGGUGCAUACAGCCAUGGACUAGGCUAUAGCGAACAUGCUUCGUAUUAUAGACUGUAACUGAGCCCGCCCAAACAAGGAUGUGGCCGAACGAGCUUACGCUUGUACGCGCAAGAGAUGAUGGCAAGUGGAGACACACCAGUUUUCGUUGCGCUUUCGCGCCGUCGCAGCUUCAGUGCGUUCCAUUGAUUGUUCGGGUCUGUACACAGGCUGCUGCCAGUUGAAAUUUCAUCCUUGCUUUUUAAUUUAUCGUUUAUUUUUACGCAAAUGUUCACAUUCAACGGCUCUGCUGCGUGCUGCUGAAGAUACGAAGGACGAGCCAGGGAGUCAGCAUAGUUAGCAGUAGGAUACGUGUAUGUAGACAUAAACUGGGUGUACAAUCGUAUUGUUAGCUUAGACCUCGCUUACAAGCGAACAAUCGUAAGAAUGGAAUUUAUCCGAGUCAAAGCAGUCAAAGCGAUAUACGCAUAGGUCGAUGUUGUGAACUUAUUGUCUUAGAAUAUAUAUUAGAACUUCGCUCAGGGAAGCAAACAUCGGCUUGCGCAAAGCAAGGGCAACAUUGCCGUAUAUUUGUGUAAAUAACAAAGGUAUCUAUAUAUAUUAUAUAGUUGGGUAUAUAGUCACCAAGAUAGGCACUGUAUCUACGUGGUAUAACAGAAUCAGGUGUCAGCGGAGUCCGUUUUACGAGGAACGAAAUACACACCGCACAAACCGGCACUUGUUUAUCAUUGUACAUGGUUGCUGCAAUUGAAAUUGUUGGGACGUCAAGUGUACAAACAAAUAAAGAUGGCAUGCAAGCUCCUUGCGAGUCCGCACCGCCCACUUUUUUUUAA